AUGCCACCCAAGCCGACCAGUGGUGCCCGCAGUCGCUCACAAGCUGGCAGCAGCAGGCAAGCGGCCGAGGACUUGAGCGACGCCGCCUCCAGCGACCCGUUCGAUACCGGCGACGACUCGCCGCCCCGCCACCGCCCUCAGGGCGCGAGCCGCGACGCGAGCAGCGGCGCCGCGGUAGGGGACUCGGCCGCCGACAAGUCGAUCCCCAAGGACUUACUCACGCGCAUCCUGCACGACCUGUUCGAGAAGGACGCGACGCGAGUCUCACGCGACGCCAACGCCGCCGUGGGCAAGUACGUGGACGUUUUUGUGCGCGAGGCGAUUGCACGCUCGGCGGUGGAGAAGCGUUCGGGUUUUCUUGAGGUGGAGGAUUUGGAAAAGAUUGCGCCGCAGCUCCUGCUAGAUCUCUAA